UACAAGGGUCCAAUAUACCAAAAAUCCGGAUUGGAUCCGAUUGACAUGUAACUUUUCGGACUCAACAAGGGUCAGCCAUUACCGAACCUAACCAUCGAACUUUCGUUUUCCUCGUACUUCUUCUGUCUUCAAUUCACACCUUGUUAACUGUUUAGUGUUUUUCCAAUUAACUUCUUUUCUUCUUCUUCUUCUUCUUCUUCAUAACAACAACAAUGGAGGCGAAUGAGACCACACAGAGGAACACCCUUGUUGUAAGGAAACCAUGUUUUGGUCUUCCAACAGGUUGUCCUCAAUGUUUGUCUGCUUAUAUCUAUCUCAAACUGUCUCAAUGUUCAUUCCACUUGGAUUAUCAUCUUAACUACCCUGAUUCUGAUCAAAUUCCUUACUUUGAGGCUGGUGAUUCUGUGACAUAUAAUAAUGAGAAGGAAGGGAUCAUUGAUUGCUUGAAAAAGGAUGCUGGUGAUUUAGAUGUUGGGUUAUCUUCACUCCCGGAGUGGAUACCGAACAAGGUUAUGCUCACAACUUGGCUUGCUGAUGCACUCGAGUAUGAACUUUGGGUUGGAAGUGACCCUUCAUCUGCUUCUAGCAUCUAUUAUUCAGAUCUUUCAUGGCCUUUAGGAAAGGUCUUGUUUUGGAAGAAAGCAAACUGGGUGAAGCUGAAACACGAGAUAAGUAAAGACAAUGCAGAAGUCAAGGAAGAAGACAUUUAUGGAAGAGCAAACUCUGCAUAUGAUGCUUUGUCAACUUUGUUAGGGGAAGAUAACUACUUAUUUGAAAACAGGCCAUCAAGCUUGGAUGCUAUUUUUCUUGCACAUGCAUUAGUUGUUCUUCAAGCUUUUCCUGAAUCAUCAAUUUUGCGGACCAAUUUUUCAAAACAUGCUAAUUUAGUGAGAUAUGUGCAACAACGUAAGGAAGAACUUAUAGAAGCUGCUGGUACGUCUCCAUCUAAUGAUCCAUAUUUUGGUGCCGGUGCAUCAUCAUCGACUUCUGGAGGUCCUUCAACUUCAAGUUCAAAAUUCAAGAGAAAACCUAAAAAGGAGCAGCAAACAAAGGAGGAGAAGAAAUACAAAAGAAGGGCCAAAUAUUUUGUGGUAGCACAAGUAGUUGCAGUUGUUCUUUUUCUCAGUAUCAUGUCUGGAAUCAGUGAUGAUGGUGAAAUCGAGUUAGACGACGGUGAUUUAGAAUAUGGUUAUGAUGACUGAAAAUAAAAGCCUAGGCUGUUUUUGAUGAUCUGCAUUUUUUUUAAUAAUUGAGUUGAUUUAAGGAGAUUGAGCAUUGACUUGUUGUUUCAAGUAGUUGACUUACUUUUUUCUUGGAGUAUCAUGCAAUUUCUCAUCUGAGAGAACCUAUGUAUCUGUUAGCUUUGUACAUCUUAAUUCUUGGAAUGAUUUUUUAUUAUCUUGUAUGAGAAGUUUUAUCUAGGAAUGAUUUUUGUAAUAUGCUA